AAAAGGAAUUAAGGUGUGCAACCGGACAAAGGGGUGAAGUUGAAGUUUGGUUGUUCCAGCUUUGGCAUCGCAAUCGAAGGGGGAGAGACAAAGGAGCGAAACAAGGCGCGUCUGCUCUUCUCCUGAAUCCAUCAGAGGAGAGCUUCAACCAGAUUCAAACCUCGGUCCUUCUCCUAAAUCUGGAAUUGCAAAUCCAUUUGCUUCCAUUCUUGGGUUUUUGCUGCUUUGUGGACUGCUUCCUGAAUCCAGCGUCCGAGUGAAGAUUUGUUCUUGAUACAAGAUGCCUCGGGAUUUAUCACGAUCUCGAUCACCUUCGUAUAGGCGGAGGCUUUCACCAUCUCCCCUAGGGCAUAGGUAUUCCAGGAGAAGUCGAAGAGACAGGAGCCGUUCACCGUAUUCUUAUAGCAGAAGAAAAAGCCGCUCAAUUUCCCCAAGACGUAAUAGAAGUCGUUCAAGAACACCAAGACGCCAUAGAAGUCGUUCUCCAAGUUCAAGAAAUUACAGGAAGCAGAGACGACGAAGUUCCUCAUCAUCUCCGAUUCAUAGAUCUUCUAGUUCAAGCCUUGGAUCCAUUGAGCAAAAAAGUACCAGUGAAAAAUUGAAAAAGGAAGAGGAAGAGAGAAAAAGGCGACAACAGGAGGCAGAUGCUAAAUUGCUUGAAGAAGAAACAGCAAAAAGAGUGGAAGAGGCAAUUCAUAAGAAAGUCGAAGAGAGCCUGAGCUCCGAGGAGAUAAAGCAAGACAUAGACCGCAAAUUGGAGGAGGGACGGAAAAGGCUGAACGAAGAAGUGACAGCUCAACUCGAGAAGGAAAAGGAAGCUGCCCUUAUGGAGGCUAGACGGAAAGAGGAACAAAGUAGAAGAGAGAAGGAAGAGCUGGAAAGGAUGGUUGAGGAGAGCCGGAGGAGAGUAGAAGAGUCUCAGAGAAGGGAAGCUUUAGAGAGACAGAAGAGAGAGGAGGAAAGAUAUAGGGAACUAGAAGAGCUACAAAGGCAAAAAGAAGAAGCUAUUAAGAGGAAAAAACAGGAAGAAGAGGAACAGAAACUUAACCAGAUGAAACUGUUGGGUAAAAACAAAUCACGGCCGAAACUGUCAUUUGCCAUUGGCUCUAAAUAAGUAAAAUGCUUAAUUUUUGGGAGUCUUGUGAAUUUGACUCGAUUGUGUAAUUUGGAAUGACAUAUUUUACCUAAUGCCAGCCAGUCUUUCUUCUCUGGAA